GGCGGGGAUGCACCUGCGGGGCUCGGCCUGAGGAGAAGCGGCUCUGCCCCAGCUCCGGGCCGCCGCCGGGCCCUCCUGCCCCAUGGCCGUGUCCCCGUUCUGCAACUCCUGCAUGCGGCAGCCCCUCAGCCCCACGCCGCUGUUCUACCUCACCAACUGCGGCCACAUUUUCUGUGAGGUUUGCCUGCAGAAAGGCAAAAAAGAUGAAUGUUUGAUCUGUAGAAGUCCUUGUCGUACCUUAGUCCUUUCAAAAGAGAUAAGUCCUGAAAUACAAUCACUGUUCGUGCAAGUAGAUGUAUUAUGCAAGAAAUAUUCAGCUGAACUAUCACAGGUUUCAGAAUUUCAAGAAAAAUAUCGUAAGCGUUUAUUAACACACUACAAGGAAAAGAUAGCAAAGCUGGAAGAGUCUCUCAAGAAAGUAACACAACAAAUGCAACAGAUGCAAUGUAUGAAACCUUCUGAUAAAACUACACCGCUGCCAUUUUCCAGUAUGAGCAGAAAUACAUUUUCCAUUCCUCCAAGAAAACAGAAUGUUUAUUCUUCAAAUUCUCUUCAUUCGAGUCAUCCUUCCACUUCUGAAACGAUGGAGGCAAUGGAGAUUGAUCCUGUACCUUCACCAAUGAGGAGACUGGAGACACCAACUGGUCCAACAAGAUUAUCACUAAUAACUCCACCACAGGAUGGACAUAUGGGCAGCGUAUCCUACAGACGUUCUCAGACAGCUCUAGUAACACCAAGUCAGAAUGUUGGAGCAGGGUCUACAAGAUCCACCCCUGUGAGGUUACCACUUAGUGCAUGUCCAUUAUCAGCUGGAUCCCAGAGCAGUCAAAGGGGACCAUGGGCUAAUUUUGAUUUCAGAACCCCUCAGCUGCAUCCAUUUACAUCACCUUCUCCGCAGCUGCCUCUGUCAAGGCAGCCAAUCACCAUCCCUGGACUCCUGCAAAGACAAGGAUCAACUAAUAUAAGAGGACAUUCAACAGAGAGAUGAGCAAACAUCUGUGAAUUGCUUUUGUUAAGAAGCAUGUGGAAAAGCACUGCAUAGUCUCUGGAUAUCAAAGUAUUUGUAACUUCCAUAAUAUGUCAAAUUGGCAUAAACCAGAAAAUUGUUCAGCAUGAAUAUUGUAUUUAUAACAUCACUGAUCUUUCUGAUUAACAUCUUCUGAAGUUUAAGGUGGGACUACAAAAUUUUCUUGUUUUUCAAAAUAUUGGCUUCAAAUAUAUUGCAUAAAUAAAAGUACUUUAUUACCUAAGUGGUAGGGCAAAACAUGAUUAUAUGUUGAAUGAGCAUUUUUUGCUCUGAGUGCAUUGAACUACAGGAUAAAUAAUUGUGCCUGUACAGUAUUAUAGAUAGACUGCAGUCCUAAAAGAAAUUUAUUUAUGGAUUUUUGAUUGCAGAAUUCCAAAGUUUGGUUCUUACUCAAUGCAUCUCAUUUUUUUUGCACUCUUGAAAAGGGGUAAGUUUUGAUGGAUAUUACAUUCUAGCAGGCUUUGCCGAGCACAGAACACAGUAUCUGUUCCACACUUGGCAAGUCCAUCAUUUGAUUUAGGUAGCAAAGAUUUCUUCCCAAAAUAGAAUGAAGUGGGGGAACUGGAAUGAAGAGACAAAACACAGCAAAGACUACUUUUACUUUUGCACAGGAAUAGCAAUUGGGUACUCUGAAUGAAGGUGCCAGAAUGCAGCCUUUUCCUUCUGAGAACAGCUCUGAAGUUCAUAUUCCCACCAUCACUGUGUAUGUAGCAAAAUUUUGGUAUGAUUGAGUUAUCAAAUGCCUUUGUUUUGUUUUGACCCUAACUUUACCUAGACUAUUUUAAGUAUAAUAAAACUAAAAGCUGGUGCAUUUUUCUUGAAAUAAAGUUCCCUAAAUAUAUGAUAAAUUU